UUUAGAUGGUUAGAUUCAUACAGUUAAAUGCUAUGAUAAGUCUAAAUCUGUGGUAAUGAUCAAGAAUUUUCGAAUUCUAAAAGUUUUCUGUGGAAAAUGUGGAAGUUUGUUGCUGCUUUAUCGAAAGGGAGGGUCGGGUCAUUUACGAAAGUGUUACAACCACAAAAUAAAGAAAGACUUCACUUCGAACCCAGGAGUUUGUCCAACUUGCAACUCGGUGUUCGGUCGACCAAUGAUUAUCAAACAACUUCCAGCAAUCAAGGUGAUUGGGGGAAAAGUUUUCUGGAAGGGUUGAAGUUGAAAAAAAAUGUUCAACAAGUAGAAGAUGGUGUUGUUGAUCUCCAGAUGGAGCUACGAAAAGUAAAAUACGCAAUUGAAAACAAAAAUCAACAAGUUCUCUCCAUACAAUCUGAACAAGAAAUGCUUCAUAAAAAGAUGACAGAUAUUGUACAGGAGAUCAAAGAUAACUCAUCACCUCAUUCAAAUACAAAACAUGUUCCACAGCUGCACAAUACCGAUGUGGAUUGGUCUUCAAAAAAUUUUCCAUGGAGUGCAGAGCUCGAUAAAACUCUACAGGAUGUGUUUCAAAUUAAACAUUUCCACCCUGUGCAGUUGCAAGCAAUCAACUCCACUAUGAGUAAAUGUGAUGUGUUGCUCAUAAUGUCAACUGGUGGUGGGAAAAGUUUAUGCUUUCAAUUACCAGCAAUUAUUUCCAAAGGAAUAACACUGGUAGUUACACCAUUGGUAUCUUUAAUGGAGGAUCAAGUUUUAAACUUGAAGCAAUAUGGAAUAAAAGCUCACAUGCUAAAGGCUGAUUCCUCCAUGGACGAUGUAAUGGAAGUUUACGAUUCAAUGAAAUCUCCAAAUCCUCAAGUGAAACUUGUUUACGUGACACCAGAGAAAAUAUCAAAAAGCAAACAAUUCAUGUCCCAUUUGGAUAAAUGUUACAAGUCUGGUAACUUGUCACGUAUCGCGAUAGAUGAAGUACAUUGUGUGAGUCAGUGGGGAAACGACUUUAGACCAGAUUACAAAAUGUUAGGAAUUUUAAAGCGACUUUAUCCUUCCACACCUAUUAUUGGUCUCACAGCAACUUCCACCAACAAGGUUACAUUUGAUACAAAGCAACUUCUUAAUAUUCCUGAUUGCCUGGUGUUUCGAACCCCACUUGUUCGAAAGAAUUUAUUUUACGAAGUUCGACCCAAGCCAACUACUCAUCAGAAAGUUGUCCAAGAUAUUGUCACAACUAUUCAAGAAAACUUUAAGGGGGAAUCUGGCAUCAUCUACUGUAUAUCAUGUCGGAAUUGCACAGAUGUUUGCAACAGUUUGAUCAAAAGUGGAAUCAGAGCUGCAGUAUAUCACGCUCGAUGUUCGGCAAAAAAGAAGUCCGAAGUUCACCAACAAUGGCUCAACAAUGAAAUUCAGGUGAUUUGUGCAACUGUAGCUUUCGGAAUGGGAAUCAACAAACCACAAGUUCGCUUCGUAAUUCACCAUUCAAUCAGUAAAAGUGUGGAAAACUACUUCCAGGAAGCUGGCAGGGCAGGAAGGGAUGGAAAACCAUCUUUGUGUCUUCUUUACUUCGGCUUCUGGGAUGUUUUUCGACAAACAUCGAUGGUUUUCAGAGAACGAACAGGAACGGAGAAUUUAUCAAAAGUCGUCAAGUUUUGUCAUAAUUUAAAAACCUGUAGAGUUGAAUUACUCGCAAAUCAUUUCGGGGAGGUAAACGAACAAUGUCAAUCACCUGGUAUGUGUGAUGUCUGUUCAAACUUACAAAAAACCACGAAGAAAGAUGUAACAGAACCAUGCAAAGUGUUGCUGAGGUUGAUUAAAUCUAAUUCAAUGGAUGGUAAUCGGCUGACAGGCAUUCAACUUGUUGAUGCCGCCAUACGUGAUAGCAAGAAUAGAAAAACAAAAUGGAAAGAUCUCAGCAGGCAUGAGUGGCAGAGAAUUGUAUUUGACAUGCUGGUUAAUGGGUUUCUCAGAGAGGAUUACCAUCUCACAUCAAGAUCAACCAUAGUUUACCUUACAUAUGGAAGGAACGUUCGCUUUUUAUUGAAUAAUAAAGUCAUGUUGGAUCUCCAUGACAAUAUUCAACAACCCAAGAAUAUUUAUAAGGAUUGUCUCUCGUUAAACCAUGGAACGUUAGAAAAAAUACCUAAAUUGGAUAAUCUAGGAAAAUCUGAUAACACCUAAAAUGUUUGCUCUCCUAAAUAGUGUUACUUGCUUAUUAAUCAUGGUGCAAUUGUAGACUUUUACUGUUGGAUUUAAACUGCCUUAUUUUAAAACUGCUCUGUUUGCCAUAAUUUUAAAGUACAGUACCAUUAUUUCUGUUAGCUGCUACAUUCUGUCGUCUUAUUACUUUUUAUUUUUUUCAUAUUUUUUAUACGUAUUUAUGUGCUUGUUUUAUUUUCAUUUAUAGAACUGAAAAAAAAAUCAUUCAUUUAAAACUUCUUUUGAAAAUUAUUCUAGUCAAAACAGUCCGUUCUUUUUAAAGCCGGAGUGGCACAAU